CCAUUGAAAUAUCGAUUUCAGUUUCAAUCAAAACGUACCUCUAGCAACACCAACCAAAUUCGAACAGGUUUCUGCUAUAGGUAAACCAGCUUAAUGCCAAAGUCAAAUAAACAAACAAAAAGUUAAAAACAAAACAACAUAAUGCAUAAUCCGGACUACGUGCCAGUAAAUAAUUUUGUCCAAGUACAAUUUGGUGAACGUUUUUUGCCAAUAAACGAACAACCAAAACUUGGGAACUUAAUUCAAUCAAAAAUCGAAAACCGAGAAUAUUUCUAUGGCAUUGAGUUAUCAGCUAGAUCUAAUAGUACUUUAGAUUAUCGCAAGUUCGCUGUUUUGCCACUGUUCACGUCUUUAGUGUGGUUCGGUGAAUAUUCUGGCAUUCAGCCAAUCGAUGACGUAGAUGCAGUUCGGUUUGGUAGUUCCUUAAUUCAUAACACAGUGGUGAUGCCUCAUUUUACGUGCUAUCGCGCAACACCGCAAAGACUGAAGAAUUUUCUUUCGUUGAACUUCACAAAUGUGCUUGCUUUGCGCGGUGAUCUUGUUGAUGGGGAUCAGGAUUAUAAGCACGCUUCAGAUUUAGUGACCGAUAUUCGAAAGAUACGCGGUGAUACAAUUAGUAUAGGUGUCGGCGGGUAUCCCCAAAAGCAUCCACAAGCAAAGUCAAUGCAAGAUGACUUGAGAUACCUUACACAAAAGGUUGAUGCGGGAGCUGAUUUUAUAAUUACCCAAAUUUGUUUCGAUGCAAGCAGUAUUAUCGAAUUUGUUGGAAAUUGUCGCAAAAAUGGAAUUACUGUGCCAAUUAUUGUUGGGGUGUAUGUACCGGAAAAUUAUCGCAUAUUAUUGCGAAUGCUACAAAUUACACAAGUAACAGUGCCAUCUGAACAAUUAGAACAUUAUAAAAAGUUGCGAAGUAAUACAACAGAGUUUAAACAGUACGCAGUAGAAAUGGCUGGUAAAUUCAUUACUGAAGUUUUUGAAAGUAAUGUUGACGUUUAUGGUGUACAAUUUUUUUCAAUGAAUUAUUUUGAAGCAAUUGAAGAGCUAGUUAAUAAUGUUAUUUAUAAAUUUAAUACGAAGAUUUUACAGCAGCACCAUCAACUUAUGUACACACUGCGGGAGUACAUCCAGAUACCUCAAGCACCAGCAACAGCACCACCAUCAUCACCAGCAACAGCAGCACCACCAACAACUACAAAAUCUGAGAAAAAGCUUUCAAAGUAUAUCAAACACCAACAACAACAACAAAAACAAAAAGAACAUUUCAACUAUGUAGUAUCUUCUCUUUGCCGAUGA